AUGGAGGAGGACGCGGUGACCGGGUUUCGCAUCCCGCGCGUCUGGCCGGGCUCUGCACUCGCCGACGAGGCGCUCGACAAGUUCGUCCACACCCUUGCGGGCCAUCCGUCCAUCCAGCUCAACAUCGCCUCCUACCGGGACUGGCAGUGCCGCUCCACCAUCGCCUCGGCUCUGUCGCGAGCGACGCACCCAGGCCGGCUCACUGUUGCUGUGGUGGACCAGGUCGUGCCCGGCGACACCGGCUGCGAUGUGCGGUGCGGACAUGACCUGUCCGCUGCGGACAGGUCGGAGGACGUGCUCUGCGCGCACGCGAGUCGCAUACACGUCUACAGGAUGGACGCGCGCAAUGCCACCGGGCCCAUCCUGGCGCGGCAUGUGGCUGGACGAAUGUACCGGGGCGAGGCGUUCGUGCUGCAGAUGGACGCACACAACGAGUUUGUGGCCGGCUGGGACGAGUCCAUCCUCGCUCAGUGGCGGGCCACGCGCAAUGAGUAUGCCGUCCUGUCAACGUACCUCACCGACCUGCAAGGCUCCAUCAGCAGCGCGGGCCACUCGCAGCGGUCCACGCGCCCGAUCAUGUGCAACUCUGCCUUCGAGGGCCCGCCCGAGGCCUCCUACCUCCGCCACGGCUCGCAGCCAGAGGAGGUGCCCAAGCUCUCGGGCGAGCCGAUGCUGCAGCCCUACUGGGCGGCCGGCUUCUCCUUCUCGCGUGGCCACUUUGUGGUGCGCGUGCCGUACGACUGCUGCUUGCCUUUUGUCUUCCAGGGGGAGGAGAUCUCGAUGGGCGUGCGGGGCUGGUCGCACGGUUACGACUUUUACGCGCCCGCCUCGUCCGUCAUGUUCCACGAGUACGCGUCGCACUCCAAGCGGCGCGGAGGCGUCAAGAUGUUUUGGGAGAACCAGCGCGACCGGACCGUGCAAGCGGCUGCGAUGCAGCGGCUCAUCGCCCUCGCCCACCUGCGGCCGGAGCAGCCUCCGUCGGGCGCGUACGACGGCCGCCUCGCCGAACGGUACGGCAUCGGCCGCAAGCGGCCCAUCUCGCUCUUUUACCGCCUCUUCCAGAUCGACCGUGCCCGUCGGCGCGCUCAGCCGCUGUGCGAGCUUGUGCGCUCCGGCCAGAUGCACCGCGCGUUUGUGCACCACUUGCGGCCCGACGGGAGGGGCAUCGACUAUGACGGCCUCAAGGACUUUGACUGGAGCCAGCAGCCGGGCGGCACCGAGGGCCGCGCUGCUGGCCGGCGUCCGACCGCCUUGCCGCGCCUGCACGCCGCCAGUGCCCUCGCGAUUCGGAGGAGGUACGCCUCGGCCGCACAGGGCCUGGUCGCGCUCAACGGCAGCGCGUGCGCCAGGCUGCGCCGGAAGCGCACAUGCCGGAGCUUUGCCGUCAGCGAUUGCGCGCCGGAGCGCAGCGGCCCGACUGCGGAUUGCUGCACCGAGGCGGAGCUGCGCGAGGAGGCGAGGGGAGGCCCGUCGGACGACGCGCUCCUGCUCGACAGGAUCGUGCUGCAGCCCGCGCCGACGCGCCGCUUGAGGCUGCUGUGUGUGGUCUCCACGUUUGCGGAGCGGCAUGCCCUCGCGAGGGCCGCUGCGAGCAGCUGGCUGACUCAAUGCGACGGUGCCCUCGUCCUCUCGGAUCGCGACGACGAGAGCGUGCCGGCGACGGGCGUGCCCCACGCCGGCCCCGAGGGGGCCGAGUCGUGGCAGAAGAGCCGCGCCAACUGGAGGGUGCUGCACGCCUUGGUGGUGCGAGGCAACGCGUCGUACGACUACGUCGCCUAUGGCGGCGACGACUACAUCGUGCUCGUCGACAACCUGCGCUCCCUCCUCGACAGCGCGCCGCUUCGCUCGCAGCACGAGCGUUCGGCGCCGCUCUUCCUCGGACGCCGGUUCACUUCCUGGCGGCUCCAGCACGCGUCGCUCUCGCACUUCAACGCCGGCGGGCCCGGAGUCGUGCUCAACUCGCACGCGCUGCGCCUUCUCGGCCCGCACCUCGACGAGGCGGGAGGCGCGCCGCCUCGCUCGCCCUGCCUUGCCGAGUCGGAGGGCGAGGACGUGGCCAUGGCGCUGUGCCUGCAGACGUUCGGCGUCGCUCCGAGCGAGACGAGGGAUAGCCUCGGCCGGGAGCGGUUCCACCCCUUUUGGCCGGCUCAUCACUAUGCGUUGCGGAGCGAGCACCUCGCUGCCGACGAUUGGUACCGCCUCGCGUCGCUCAACUUGUCCUUUGGCGCGGACUGCUGCUCGGCGAGCAGCGUCGCGUUUCACUACGUACGGGGCGAGGACAUGACGCGCGUGUUUCAGCUGGUGUACGGCUGCCGCGCGGGAAGGCGGUGA